CAUCACUGUCGUCAAGAUGAGAUUCCACAUUGAGGAACUUGAGAUCCUCUUUCCGUAUCCACGCAUCUAUCCCGAGCAAUAUGCGUACAUGUGCGAUCUCAAGCGCACACUGGACAAUGGCGGCAAAGCCGUGUUAGAGAUGCCUUCUGGAACAGGAAAAACAGUCACUCUACUGUCUUUGAUCAUUGCUUAUCAAAUGCAUCAUCCCGAGAGACGGAAAUUGAUUUACUGCUCACGUACAAUGUCAGAAAUUGAGAAAGCUUUGCACGAACUGAAGGCAUUGAUGAAGUAUCGCAAAUCGCAGCUUGGGUACGAAGAAGAAUUCCGCGGGCUGGGGCUAACCAGCCGUAAAAACUUGUGUUUACAUCCUUCCGUUAAACGAGAAAAAAGUGGAAACGUCGUCGAUGCGCGGUGCCGAAGCCUCACAGCGGGCUUCGUGAAGGAGAAACGUGAGAGAGGAGAGGACGUAGAUUUGUGUAUCUACCACGAGAAUCUAGACUUGCUGGAACCGCAUAAUCUUAUUCCACCUGGAGUCUGGACCCUGGAUGACUUGAUACGCUACGGAGAGCAGCAUAAGCAAUGCCCCUACUUCACUGCGCGUCGGAUGAUGCCAUUUUGUAACGUCAUUAUCUAUUCUUAUCACUACUUGCUGGAUCCAAAGAUUGCCGAGCGCGUAUCUAAAGACCUGUCAAAGGACUGCAUUGUUGUCUUUGACGAAGCCCACAACAUCGACAAUGUCUGCAUCGAGUCUUUAAGCAUAGACAUAACCGAGGACUCAUUAAGGAAAGCAAAAAGGGGGGCAGACAAUCUAGAACGCAAGAUCACGGAAAUGAAAUCGACAGACGCGCAAAAGCUCCAGGACGAAUACGCGAAACUUGUCGAAGGCUUGCGUGAAGCGGACACAGCGCGAGAGGAAGACACGUUUAUGUCAAAUCCCGUGCUCCCGGACGAUUUGCUGAAAGAGGCGGUGCCAGGAAAUAUACGUCGAGCGGAGCAUUUUACAGCCUUCCUCAAACGCUUCAUAGAGUACUUGAAAACACGAAUGAGAGUCCUACACGUGAUUUCGGAGACACCACCUUCGUUUCUCAAUCACCUUCGGGAGCUCACAUUCAUUGAGAGAAAGCCAUUACGAUUCUGUGCUGAACGUCUCACAUCUUUAGUGAGAACGCUCGAGCUCACCAAUAUCGAGGACUUCCAGCCACUCCAAGAAGUUGCUACGUUUGCAACUCUGGUGGCAACCUAUGAGAAAGGUUUCCUUCUCAUCUUAGAACCUUACGAAACAGAAACUGCCACAGUGCCAAAUCCUAUUCUGCAUUUCACCUGUCUCGAUGCUGCCAUAGCAAUCAAGCCCGUUUUCGACCGCUUCAGCUCGGUAAUUAUCACGUCUGGAACAAUUUCUCCGCUAGACAUGUAUCCCCGCAUGCUUGGAUUCGAGGCCAUUGUGCAAGAAUCAUACACGAUGACCCUCGCGCGCAAAUCUUUCUUGCCCAUGAUUGUGACUCGAGGAUCCGAUCAGGGUGUCCUUUCAUCAUCAUUCCAAAUACGAAAUGAUCCGCAAGUCGUUCGGAAUUACGGAAACCUCCUCACAGAAUUCUGCAAAAUCACCCCGGAUGGCAUUGUCGUCUUCUUCCCAAGUUAUCUCUACAUGGAGAGUAUCAUCAGUAUGUGGCAGGGCAUGGAGAUCCUCAAUACGAUAUGGAAAUACAAACUUAUCCUCGUCGAAACUCCCGACUCGCAGGAGACAUCGCUUGCUCUAGAGACAUAUCGCACAGCGUGCAACAACGGCCGUGGCGCUGUAUUGCUCUGUGUCGCACGUGGGAAGGUUUCUGAAGGUAUCGAUUUUGACCAUCACUACGGGCGUACUGUGCUGUGUAUUGGUGUCCCUUUUCAGUACACCGAGUCACGUAUCCUUAAGGCACGUCUCGAAUUUCUUCGUGAAACGUACCGUAUUCGCGAAAACGACUUCUUAUCUUUCGAUGCAAUGCGCCACGCAGCUCAGUGUCUGGGUCGUGUGCUACGCGGUAAAGACGACUAUGGAAUCAUGGUCCUCGCGGAUCGUCGCUUUCAAAAGAAACGCACACAGCUACCUAAAUGGAUUCAGCAAGCGUUAACAGACGCGGAGACGAACCUGAGUACAGAGCAGGCCAUUGCCAUUGCCAAGAGGUUCCUGAAGGAUAUGAGUGUUCCAUAUGAGCCGAAGAUGCAAGAUGGCAUAAGCAACUGGAGUAUUGAUGAUCUCAGGCGCCAUCAAGCGAAGGUUCAAGAGGCGGAGAUUGCCCAGCUUCGAGCCAUGGGUGCUAAGAGUGACGUUAUGGAGGUCCAGGAAGGAAGGCCGUCGCACGUGCCGGAGGAUGAAUAUGGCAUGAAUGAUGUGGACGAGGAUGCACUCAUGGAGCUUGGCAACUAAGCAUCCAUCGAUCUAUUUGGAAAAUUGUUGCCAAAACUUUUUUGGUCCACAAAAAGAGGGAAUAACUACCUUGUUAGAUGUUAUUUGAGCGUGUAUUGUAAGAUUGCAUUGCGUCUAUCCGUAAAGCUCUCAUUGCCCUUUCGUGGUUCAUCGCAGAAGUCGAC